AUGGGAAAUUGUCUUAGACGAAAUCACAGUAGGCAUCGUUCUGCUGCCUCAGAUCGUCCGGCUAGGUCAUCGUCUGGAAAUGCUAGACUCGCUGCUCGCCAGUGGUACCUGGUAACGUUGCUAUCCAGUUUUUGUAUAUGGAAGUCAGUAUAAGGGAAACAUGAUACAAGCUUUUCCAAAUGAGUAAUUGGCUUGUAAGGGGUGUAUGCUCGCCUCGUAUGGUGUUCACUAUGCGUUACAGUAGCAUCUGCAACUUAUGUGCCAAUUCAAAUCCCUGUGCUUCCGAAAUGCUCAGACGAAAAGUACUGGUUUAAUAUCGCAAAUUUUAAUGAAACCAAAGAAGUCGUAAACCUCAAGCUAGUUGCAGAACAGCGGCAUUCAGUGCGAAUGAAUGUCGAUUGAAGAAGGAGGUGGAAGCACUUACAACGGACAACACUGCUUAAGGGGAUUUGAUGAAGUCCUGAAAGGUUUCCUGCAUUACCGCUCGUAACUUUGAACACCGUUCGAUUGCAUUUUCUGGAUUUCCCCUUUAUAUUACUCUUUCCAACAUAACAACUAUAGAAUACCUCUUAAGUAAGGGAGUACUUCGUACGUUACGUGGAAAACCUGCCUCUUAUUAACGCGUAAGCUUUCGUUUCCAACUGUUUUUUUGCGGCAACUCUCAUAUAAUUUAGACAGUAACGCCUAACGUUCAUGCAGAAUAGCUCAUCCAUUUCGUACGAAGCCGUAGAUUUUGUCGAUGUCUUGUAUAUAAGACAACCAGAUUUGCAUGUAAGGUGCCAUACUCUUCUCGCUGUCAAUUGUUUUUUUCCGAAGACUCGGCCGGUGACUCGUGAAUCGGCCUACUUUAACCUUAUUUCGAAGUGAGACCUGCGGUAGCUACCGUGAAGUUUCUGGUCCCCCCCUCCAGGUAGCAUGCACACGGGAGGUUCUUUUUUGCUUGUCUUGUUCCCAUCGCACAUCUAAUGCUCGACAGAUAGUCUUUUAAUACUAUAAUUGUAUCAUGCACUUGCCGGCAAAUGUCUCUUCCAAAGGUUUGCCACGAUGACACUGGCUAGGAUACUCAUAAUCAGGAUGCUUUUGCAGCCACUGCGUCGCAGUUAAUUAAUACACGGUGACACGCAGACUAAAUGGUACAGAUUUUAAACCGAUAUUGAUGGUGAUAACGGAUUGGACAGACCACCAUUUUGACUCCUGGAUGAGGUCAGCUUUGAAGGCUGGUGUCACUGUGAUGCUUUAACAACGACACAUCGGGUGGGGCGCAUAUCCCUAUCCGUCAGACCGCAAUCUCCUGAUCGUACACCACGCCAACGCUACGUCGUCGGCGUCCGCAAUCCCACUGUGAUGUGGGGCGUUUGAUUCUAUGCUUUACAGCCCGACAGACUUGAUGAGAAACUAGGCUGUAUGACCUAGGUAAGGCACACACACCAGCCUGUGCGUUCACUUUUCUGGUGUGGUAAAAUUGUUGUUUACUGGUGCUGUACACCCGCUAUUGAGGAAAAAAGACAGGUGUUCUCCCAAUCGUUGAAUAUUGCAAAUAAAGGUGGAAGACACCGGCUUAUUAGCUGUUGUUAGUCCACCGUGCCCCAACAUCAGGUACGAGCUCUUCCGGAAUUUCAAUUCGAGCCCAGUGCGCCGUUACACAUGUAAGCCGACCGCCCCACCUUAACUGUACGGUUCAUCCUCCCUUGUCUGAAGUUAGCAAUAUGGGAAUUCACACGAAAGUGACGCUCACCGCUGCACCUUUAUUGCUUACUCUAGUAUUUUCACUAAGACGAGACGGUAAUGGACACGAAAACGUACAAGGGGCUCAAUGUUUUUUCGUAUUCCUACUCCGCUCUCUACCUUUUGCUGCAUCUCCCACUCUUCUUCCACCUCGUCGUCCUCCUCCUCCUCUUCCACCACCACCACCACCACCACCACCACCACCACCACCAUCACCACCACCACCACCAACACAGGGGCUUCGCGUUGCCACCCCUCAACUGAACUAUUGGGACUCACUCUUUAAAAGAAAUGGAUUAUGCACAUGAGCUCCUCGACGGUAUUCUUUGUUCCACGUACGGUAGCUGUACUAUCACACCUCCUCCAUCACACGUAGGUUAAAAAAGAUCGGUCAACAAGGUAAGUCAUUCGGAUGCUUUUUGCCAACUCUGUGAUCAGCCGACAUCGAGGUUUCUUUCUACCAGACAUAGUCGAAGCUUUUGCUGCAGCCUUGAAUUCGGCCUACUCCCUAAAGUUUAUUGGGACUCAUUAAGUGGAUGAGACCUGCUGCGAAUAGCGAAUCGCUCCCCUCUAACGUCCAUUCCCGGAUAUUUAGACAUUUAACCUCCGAGAAAUGAUAAAAGUUGAAUGCAAAUGCACGAACGCGCAAAAUUGUUACACGAACAGGCAAAAAGUACUUAAGAAAUAUUGCAUCAAGAACUCCGGGGACUGGAAUGUUAACUCAUCAAUUUUAUCGUCAUAAUCCACUUGUAUUUCAAUCUCAAGCGGAAAAGACCUGCGAUUUUAAUUCAGGUUCCUCUAUCUAUUGAACCAGACGCCCUUGGACUUGAGCACGGAAUGACUCUUUGUCGCUGGGGGGCAACAAUUUUCAAGACCACAUGAAAAAUGCUCUGUUCGUUGCCUAUUACUACGUUUUAAGCCUAAUCAUGUCUUUUCCGUCCGAGGCUCGGGCAUGUCUGGCUGGUGCCGGCAAAUGAGUCGGAAAUGACCUUUUUAGCCUCUCUGCUAUUUUUCAGUACCAAAUUUAGCUUCUGACUUCUCACUGUUAUCAAGAGCCUGGAAAAAACUUUAGGCCAUCGUUUGGGCAAAGCAAUGAUCAUAUAUUUCAUCCUGCAUGGAGGUUCUGUUGGUGAACUCCACGCCUACGGAACUUUUCAGUUUAUCCCAUAGACUAUAUGGGGAAAGCUGUGUAGGGUUGUGCUGUGCAUUUACACAAACCGAACCGCACGACAACCCAAUUCGCAAAUACGCGAUCCCAAAUAAGGUGUGUGGAGGGAUGACCUGCUGUCCCAAGUCGUUACCCGGCAAAGGGUCACGAAUCCGACUUCGCGGGCACACUGAUAGUGCCUCGGGCUCGCAGUUAGAAAUGGCGGGCCGCCUGAGGCCUGGGUCUGACAGCCCUUCCAUGAACCGGCAUACUUAUAUACCUCUCGACUAUCCUGCACUGCGCCCACUAACAGAUGAUUUGAUUCUGUUUACGGACAGGGACGGUAACUGCCGCCGCAUCAUGAGACUACGGCCAGUCAAACAGCAUGACUCUGGCCACAGCGGGACACUAUGAAACUGCUCAUUUGUUAUUGUUUUUUCGUAAUAUCUGCAUAUCGAAAUUCUCAGACUGAUACAAUGCCGUUCCGACGUUCUGAUGUCCUUCUUUUCAACAAUCUGCGUUGUUCGAAAGGAUACAAACACAUUCAAUAGUUUAUUUUAGAGAACCCUUCUAUCAGCGAUUGCUUGUCGUCCCUAGUGUCUUGGAUCAAUUCUGUAUGCUAGGAUCUCAUGCUGUCUGAAUUUAUUUUUACGUCUGUUCUGUACGGUUUGUCAGUACCAUCCGCAUACUUUCGCUUCCUUUAUUAGGAAAAUGAUCCGAUCCUGCAUCCAGCCCCUGGACUUUCGGUUCGAGCCUCUCAGCUGACCGAGGAACAACAGAUUAAGAUCGCUGUGCGUAUGGGUCUAAUUGUUACCCUGCCAGUCCUUACUUUUGAUGAGAGCAAACGCGAAAAGCUGUCAGAGUGAGUUCUCUAGCGUCAUGCUUUUUACCAUCUUGACACCGCUUGGCUGUUUACUGUAAGCGUAGUACGUUCGACCGAAAGACAAAUCUAGUCUGGAGUUUUUCUGUCCCAAGCUGCCUAGGUAUCUCUUACGAACCAUAUGUUUGCCCCUGUACAGUCAAUUACCUUUUGCCAAUUCACAGUCACUAGGUGAAAAUCAGCUUAAUGUACUUUAGCCACACUUAGCAAAUAGAAAAAUGGAUUAUGAGAACAUGGGAGUCAUUUUGCGCUCGAUGUUAUUUACGAACUCUGGCAAUUAUCCGGCAUGCAGUGGUACUCAUCAAAGUUGGAGUGGAGAGUGGGACUCCCAAAACACUGGUUCAGAUUGCCAAAUAUGCCCUCCAUUGGGAGAUAUUACUUACGGACGGUUGCAAUUGUAGCUAGCAUGGAACGCAAUCUCAAGUUCUCGUGUAUAGUAGCAUAUCGACUUCCGGUCGUGAAGCCUUGUAACUGUCUGUGUUAGUCUUAACUUAAAAAGUGCCUGCCUAGGCGGUAUGUACGUUUACAUUGAUUUUAGUAGCUUACGGGAAUAUACCUACCUUCCACUUAUUUUACGAUGUUUGUGGAGACUACGUACUCUUUUAAUUUGGUGUUUGAAUAUGUAGGAUAGUUUGGCAUUAUAAGGGUGUAGCAUGUUUAGCACACUUCCGAAUAUCUGUGUAUGUACCCUUUCGUUUGGUUUCAAAUCUAUAUGGCAUGCACAGGUAACGGAUAGUGGGACGACCUUCAGUGAAGGUUAGCUGCGAAAUAAGCAGACCCAGGUCUGACGAAUAAGCAGUCGCGGACCAGCAACGACAUUGCUACCAGAGUGCGGUGGGCAGAGGUCUGGCACACUUAAAGCCUUAUAAAAAGCCGCAAAACCCAAUGACGGCAUUGUGACAUGGCGACCGUAAACCGCCACUAAAUAAGUUUAUUUGCCACCGCUGCCUUGUGGUUAGGUCUUUAAGCCAAUGCACUAGAGGAGACAACCUCGAACAAACAAUCCGAGCGGCUGUUGGGGACCGCCCGUAUUCGAAAUUCCCAAGAAACCUCAUGAAACAUAUCCGAUCACAGUAUUACGACCCAUGCUACGUCGUCCGCGGGAACCGACGCGCUCCGCAACCCUGGUUUGGUGGUGCGGGCGAAAAGUAUGCGAGCUAGACUACUCAAUCGUGGACGGACUCUUGGUAUUGGAUGCUGGAAUGUGCCAACGUUCCUGGACCCUGGUACCCAACGUCUUACCGCACGCAGCCUUUAUCAGUACAACGUGGAUGUCUGCUGUCUGUCGGAGAUUCGACUCCCUGACUCAGGCUCCCGUGAAAUAGAGAUCCUGGGAGUCGAAUCACACUUCACCCUGUACCACAGCGGCCCGCGCGAUUCUUCUGGUCGAAACGGUGUGGCGAUCGCCCUAUCACCACAAGCGGACAUCGCGCUACUUGCUUGGGAACCAGUCAAUGACCGGAUGGCCUAGUUGCGAGUGAAGGGUCACUUCAUGAACAUCUCCAUAGUCGCUGUGUACGCACCAACUUCGACUGCCGAAAAGCGCGAUAAAGAGGCGUUUUACUCUCAGUUGCAAGCGCUAGUUGAAAGACUGCCUCGCCGCGAUCUGCUGAUUGUUGUUGGCGAUUGGAAUGGUCAAACUGGACCUGGCGAGUCCACAACCAGUUAUCUGUUUGGCCGCUUUGGACUUGGUCCUCGCUGUGACAAUGGCGAAAGAUUACUGGACUUUACUAAUCAGAACCGACUGCUUGUCAACAACACGUGUUUUCAGCAUCGUAAAAAACAUCUGAUUUAGUAUUCAAACGACAGUCAUACGGCCAGUCAGAUUGACUACAUUCUAGUCAGCCCAAGGUUCCGCAGCUGGGUUCAUAAUAGCAGAUCGAUGCGUGGUGCCGAGACUGGUAACGUCCAUGGGUCGGAUCAUGUCCCCAUUCGUACACACUUAAAAGUUAAAAUCUCAUCUGCGCCCAAAAUGCCACGUCCUUUACGGCUCGAUGUCGCAAAAAUCCGGCAAACUAGCACUGCCGAAGCCCUGAGAAGAGAAAUCCGGUCCUGGUUUACGACCCGAGCGGACGGGGCAGGCAGUAAUCAGCGGUCGUCACUGAAAACGUCAGUCUAUGGUGCAGCUGAGAAAAUCCUUGGAUACACCCAGCGACGCCGCAGUGACUGGAUCAGCGGAAGAACCCUGCAGUUGUCUGCUCAGACGGCUAGAGCCAGGUCCCGCAACGAUGACUACUUCCGCCAAUUUCGGAAGAUGACGGCAAAAUCGGCCAGGGAUGACCGAAAGCAAUAUUGGGCUGAAAUAUCGACCUCCAUGGAACAGGCCUCGAACGUUGGUGACACUCGAAAGCUCUACCAUCUGAUCCGCCAAGUUAGCGGUAAGCCCUCUACACUGAGUGACUCUGUUCGCGAUGUGAACGGCGGCUUUAUUGCUGACAACUCGGCCAAAGUCGAGCGCUGGCGUGAACACUUUGAGCACCAUCUCAACUUCGAUACCCAAACUACCUCGCCCUUGCUCUCCUCCUCAGCGGAGUUUCUUCCCUCUCCUACCUAUGCAGUGACAUGCGAUCCCCCCUCCGAGGGGGAAGUCGCCGAUGCCAUACGAAAGUUGCGCAAAAAUAAGACACCCGGAGAGGACGGUCUUGUGUCGACACUGUGGCGCCCUGGCUCCAUGAGGUGAUUGAGUAAGCGUGGAAAGACGAGGUUGUUCCUGAUGAAUGGGGCUUAGGCAUCCUUGUACCUAUCCUCAAGAAGGGAGAUAAGACGCGAUGCGAGAACUACCGCGGCAUAAGUCUCAUCGACGUUGCUGCGAUGAUCUUCGCUAUUGUCCUACUCAGGCGAUCCCAGGCUGUGCGUGACUCAAGGACGAGGCCCAACCAAGUCGGAUUUUGUGCUGGACGUGGAUACGCAGACCAGAUAUUUACACUGAGGCGCAUUCUCGAAUUUCGCCAUAGCUACCAACAACCGACAGCCGUCAGCUUCAUUGACUUUGCCGCCUCGUUCGAUUCCGUUCACCGUGAGUCCCUGUGGCGGAUAAUAGCGCUAGAUGGUGUACCGGCAAAAAUCAUCGCCAUGAUCAAGGCCUACUAUCGCUCCACUACUGCGAGAGUCCUGGUCCGCAACGAUCUUUCCCAACCGUUCAGUAUUCGGUCUGGCGUCCGACAGGAUUGUAUCCUGUCACCAAUACUGUUCAACUACGCUAUUGACUGGAUCCUCGGGAGGGCCCCACGCGAGAGUAACGGCCUUGAAUUUGCACCCGGGCAUCGGCUGACUGAUCUCGAUUAUGCCGAUGAUAUCGCCUUACUUGCUUCAAGUUUUGGUGAUCUGCAGUCUAUGGUGUCACGAGUGAACGAGGUCGCUAAAUCGAUCGGUUUGUCCAUAAACGCUGGGAAGACCAAAGUGUUCUCGAGCUGCAUCCCUGACCAGGAGAAGGCACCCCGGGGGAUUGAUGGCUGUCAACUUGAAGAAGUAGACAGUUUUAAAUACCUUGGGGCGAGGCUGCUACCUAAUGGACAGAGUAAGAACGGCAUCGUCUCCCGAAUCGAUACUGCCCGCUGGGUUUUUUGAAGUCUUCGGAAAUGCCUGUGGAACCGACGUGACCACUUCAUCGCCACCAAGAUUCUCGUGUACCAUGCAUCUGUCCGGUCUGUCUUUCUCUACGGUUGUGAAUGCUGGGCUUUGCGCAUGGAGGACGAGCGAAAACUGGAGGUAUUUGAUCACCACUGCUUGAGGACCAUCCUUCGAGUGAAGUUCACCGACUGCGUCUCAAAUGAGACAGUCCGCGCUCGCUGCGACAACAUCUCAAGGAUAACUCAGGCCAUCCAAGAAAGACGACUGAGGUGGUUUGGACAUGUUCUUCGUCGUCCACCUCAGGAGCUCAGUGUUACUGCCCUCGAUCCAGCACCAUUGCCCCAUUGGAGGCGUCGAAGAGGGAGUCAGUUCAAAACCUGGCUGGACACAGUUCGUCAAGACAUGGAGGUGGUUCUUGGACCUUCGGUAUUCGGUCUCCGUCGCUGGCGAAGGGAAUUGGUUGCGCUGUCCAGAUCUGCUGCCGCGGGUCGUCACGCGUGGAGAGGUACAGUUCGGGACAUCAUCGAGGCCGGCUAGAUCAGGCAUGAUCGCAGCCGUAUCAAGUACAAGUAAGUCAGUAUAUGGCAUGCAUGUCCUUCGAAUACAAUCCAAUGCUUUGUUCUAUAUUUCUACGAAAAAACUCGACAAUUAUAGAAGGUUGAAGUGUGUUUAGAUCGGAAUAUGCGGAAAAUUCACCAGGAACAUCUUAUUUUUGUUCUUUCUGUCAACUAGAAAAUUCAUUUGUCCACCAUUAGCCAGGUUAACUGCAAUGACGGUCGCACCAAGAUUACGACAUUUGGGUAUGCAUAAUGUUUGAGGGUUAUUUUUGGUUUGGGGUUUAUGGAGUGCCCUGUAAGAGGUAAUUACUUUUGUGGAAUGACCGUCGCACCAAGGACCUGACUGUGGCAGGUAGCCGUUUCGCCCCGACUUCGCGUAACCGCCAAAUAUAAUAUGGGGCAUCAAAGAGCUGUGUUGAGUUUGUCACCUACACCUCCGUAACCGUUUCGACUAGCAAACGAAACCAUAUAAAGGUUUACUGCGGUGUCGGCGCACCCGGUAUAGGUAUGUAUGCCUUGGCACGCGAAGGAUUGAGGCGAUUGUCUGUGUCCGACCCCACCUUCAGCCAGUCUUCGGCUAUCUUCAAUGUUGCUGUUAGCUAAAGGGUCUUUUGGUGUUUUAAAUAAUUCAUGGUCAUAUUAUUUCUCCAUAAUUUGAAAUCCCUUUGCUCGGAUCUCCAAGGUAAGGAAAUUUCUGUCCUGCGAUCCGGAUAGAUUGUCGGACGCAACUCUCAUGUGACUCUGACAGUUUGCGAAAACACCCUUCCUAAACCGAUAUCGAAUCCCAAUUGAUUUAUCCUGCUUUAAAAAUACGGGCAGUUUUGACACAACCUAAGAGCGUUGAAAGUCAGGCUUAAUGUAUGCGGCGUGUAGUAGUCCGUCCUAAAUCGCUUAAAAGAGGUAAAUGAUUUCGGGACACUGCUUACCUCUGCCAGUAAUACUCCUUCUGUUAUACCAAUACUUUCGUCUUGAAUAGUCAUCUUUCUGUCCGUCCUCUCCCACACACACACUAGGUGCGUGAUUUGCAUGUGUGAUUACGAGCUUGGUGACGAGCUGCGUUAUCUGCCCUGCAUGCACACCUUCCACCGAGCCUGCAUAGAUGAUUGGUUGAUGCGUUCUCUAACAUGUCCAUCCUGCCUGGAGGAGCUCAAGCCCCCACCCAUUGUUACCACCCCGCCUCCACGAACGCACGAAGCUGCGGGGACAACCCCGAUGACCACUGCCACAACCACCACUUCAACUUCAUCCGCCCCGUCGUCCGAGAUCCGGUCUGCGCGCCGUCGACGUCGUCGCAGUCAAAACAAUGGCGUCGGCGUUUCCGCUACAGGCCUUUUGCCAACACAUACUUCGACUGCCUCACCGGAUGAACGGCCGGCCGACAUCGGUGCUCACUCCACUUGUUCCUCAUCCCUUACUUCUACCACCUCCUCCACCGCCUCCUCGAACAACGCAACUUACGUUGUAUCGGAGGUUUCACCAGCGCCUGCCGGGUCCACCUCCGACCCUGCCUAUGUCCCUCUCACCUCUUCAGGAACAAAAGCACCAAGUCAGCGAGCUUCGGGACGGGUGAGUAUCCUGUUAAGCCGACUUGUCAGUUUAAUUUUCCUAAGUUACAGAAUUACUCAUGUGUCCGUAUUGAGGUUGGUAGUUGUAGGCUGGAGUAGCUGUAGUUAGGAAGCCCUGGAGUAUGGUCUUGUCGUUGUUUCACAAGUAAUGGUACUUCGGAUGACGAUGGCCGAACACGCACCGGCACCGUGGAGGAAUGGCGCCAAUUCUCGUCACGUCACACUCGACAUGACCUGGUCGCACCCUCAAGUUCAAUGAGGUCGAGGACAUCGCAAGAAUUGGCGACGACACCAGUCCGGGUUGCUUGAGUAAUGGUUCCUCGACCUUCUUUUCACCGAAAAGUGUGGUAACCUUCCCCAUCCCUGUUUAGCGCCUACACUACCUGGACGGAGUAGUUUUUAACGUAUGGAAAUAGUAGGUCAGAGCCUCUUCCAGUGACAGUACUGGUAAGCGUAAUGGCUGAGGAGCUAUCGUACCAACGACUGGAACGCGGACGGCCAAGUCAUUAUCACAACAGGUAUGAACAUCCACGAUAAAUGUGACAGCUACUAAUUAUAGCAGUUAUGUGGUGGCGUUGCUCCGCCUCUCAUAAAUACCGAACUAUGUGUAUCUGCCACCUUUACCUGUUUUUGUCUCUGAUAGUGCCUUCGAGAGUGACUCCGAAAGGGUAGAGGAUAAUAUUUUUUGUGACACAGGUGCUCGGAUCUUUCCCGGCGAAAGUCGUCAUAAAGACCACAUGAGCAAAAAGCCAUGGCAGCCUGUUCCCAUAUCGGGGGGGGGGGGGGGGGGGGGGGGGGGGGGGGGGGACCGAGCCAUUUCAUCGGUUGGCAACGUUUUGAAUGUGACGAAGCUUGCCAGCCUCAGUUAUGACGAGUUGCGCACCUUUUGUGUUAGACAAAGGCUCCACGCACUGUCAGCGGCCGCAUCCAGUCUCAUUUGCGGUCAGUUUGUCUUGAAUUUCUCGUUGACUACGAAGCGGCGAGGGAGAGUGAGUCCGUUCUAACGCAGGUUCAGCGGACAGUUAAUUCGUCCAACAAAACUAGCCGUCCCCCCAUGUGUACUCCGCCGAUCUUUCGCAAAUGUCGAGUACCACUACUGUCCCUGAGAAGGCGUACUAGCAACUCUUCCGUAAAAUUGUUUAUGGUAGGGCUGACGUCCGCAGUAUCUUCCUUUUCACGCCUUUUACACUCCAGUGACAAGCCCCAGAUAAUAAGACCGGGGAUGGACCCGGACGCAGUGUACAUGCGGGUGACGCAGUGUGACGCAAUUGCGUUUUCCUAUCCAUGGGCACGAUGAGUGACAGGAGAGCGAAGUUGAGUGGGAAUUUUGUGGCGGUUGAGUUCAGCCACGUUUGGAGAUUGCGCUUCGAUCACCUCGGGGUCACCAAUUUGUGGCGGUCAAGGAUUUGAGAUCAAAUUAAACCACGCACAGCGACAAGCCCAAGUUAAUAAAAGUGGGGAUGGACCCGGACGCCGAGGCUGGCAAGGUUGAAUCCACGCUUCUAUGUACCACCCACCUGCCCACCCCUGGCAUCUCGCCUAAGUGUCAUUAAAGGCCAUAGACAUCCAUUGCAGCCUAGUCCCUCUUCCAAAGGCGGACCAAAUUAUUCUGUCCUUAGGCUGCGUUAUAGGACUUCCAAUGAGUUUUGUGGUGAGAAAAGUGAGAGCUAGAUCCGACCGGCGGCAAGUCUGAGCCAGGUUGACUGAAAAUGAGACGAGGCACAGUUACUGAGGGGGCUUGAAGCCUCCAUCCAACAAGAAGCUAGGUAAUUGGUUUCCAAUUACAAGGUCACAAUUAAGUGGUGUUGCGACAUGCGAAGCUUGUCACCGUUAAAUGGAGUUUCACUCUCUGUCCAACGCAAUCCAGGAAUCCUGGACUGGUGCGUUGGAGGGGGGGGGGGGAUGAAGAUGUACACACAUCAACACACACACGAAUGCUGUCUGACAGGCUGCAAGUCAACUGGCCUUUGAAUCACCAGGGGGCUAUGUUCCGCACACUCUAAUUGGACUUGGUGAAUGGGGCAAUUUUCUUGCUCGGACUACAACCACGCACCAAUAGUAGUUUCGCUUCAAACGGCCACAGUGGCAACAUCCCCCUUUAUUUAUCCAUGCUGUUUUCUUGCGAUCUGGCGUGUGCCUGCACUUAACGAGCCCUUCGCGUGUGAACGUCGCCUUUUCUCAUGCGACGCAACACUCUAGUUGUAGCUCGUAAAAAACACCGAGGUAGGUUGACCCGUUUUUGUCGCGAUCGCGUGCUUCCAGCACGUAGGCCGUUUUCUGCCUGGACGUCCUGUCGAUAUCUUUGCGUUCUGGUAUGCGCAAAGCGUCACGACCUUUUUCCGAUCGCUUACCCGACGCACGCCGCAGCUGUUUGAUUAAGACCCCGCUGGCCAUUUUGUUCUCGAGUUUGACGACCAAUUUGAACAGUUACCUCCGUUAUGUUGCGGAUGCACUUUUGUAUCGUUUCUAGGUUUCUUUACGAUUGUUACCGAUCGUCAUUGUACCCUCCUUCCUUCUCAACAAAUAAUCAAGGUGUGGAAGUUUUUUUAGCUCUUUAGGCAUUAGGUCAUACAGUAGGUGGGCUAACUCAUGAAAUGUCAACCGAAAUUCCGAAAUGCGUUUUCGUUUCGAAAAAAUUAAUUAAGUAGGGUUGUAAAACUAGUCAGCUGUGGGAGUUCGUUUAGCUCUUUAGGCAUUAGGCCAUACAGUAGGUGAGCUAACUCAUGAAAUGUCAACCGAAAUUCCGAAAUGCGUUUUCGUUUCGAAAAAAUUAAUUUGGUAGGGUUGUCAACCUAGUCAGCUUGCAACAUAAUUAUAUAAUAUUUCAGUUAUGUCAGGAUGCCGACUUUCGAAUGAAUUCCCUCCCGGCUGCAUGCAAAAACUACAUUCUUUAAAAAAACGACUACUUAAGUAGCACGAAUAUGUCUCAUUUAUUUUCGAUGCCCCAAAAAAUCCAAUUAUAUUUCAUGGAAAAUAUGCAUAAAAUAUCCAGUCUUUUGCUCAUUCGGUAGAUAAUUACGUCUUCUAAUUUUAUACUCCGUUUUAAAAAAAGUUAUAAUCGUGGGACUUUUAAAUACCGUGAAAUGACCGAACAUAUCUGUGCAUUUACCAAUGUGUCUCGUAAAGUUAUGAAUAUUGAUUAAAUUCACUGCGUAAUUUUAUGAACCCUGUAUGGUCCCUCUUUAUUAGCGUAGAGAAAUGUGUGGUUUUCCGUACGCAAAAAAUGCGGCUUGUAGUUUGGAGACCCUGAAUCCAAGUGUGACGGCAGAGCGGGUUCAAAAUUAUUCCGGAAUGGGGGCACUUUUUAAAACCGAAUUAUGUCCCUCCUUUUGAGUAUAAAAUUAGAAAGACUAAUUAUCUGCCGAAUGAGCAAAAGAAUGAAUAUUUUUAUGCAUGUUUUCCAUGAAAUAUAAUUGGACUUUGGGGGCAUCGAAAAUAAAUGAGACAAAUUCAUGCUACUUAAGCAGUCGUUUUUUACAGUGUAGUUUUUGCAUGCAGCCGGAAGGAAGUUCUUUCGAAAGCAGGCAUCCUGAAAUAUUAUAGAAGUAUGUUGCAGGCUGACUAGUUUUACAACCCUACUUAAUUAAUUUUUUGGGAACGAAAACGCAUUUCGGAAUUUCGGUUGACAUUUCGUGAGUUAGCCCACCUACUGUACAUGAUUGGGCGGAUACCACAUUUUAAGGCCUUUCAAGGAAUUGUGGUGGACUCCUUAGAUGGCGAUAUCUGUUGCCAGACGUGACCUGCUUAAGCCUCUCUCUUAUAGAGGGUUCUAUGACAGAUUUGAAAGUGAAGUGAUUCUGCAGAACAGUUUGCAGUUUUAACUAAGUCGUUGCCUGAACUAAACUGGAGAAUAAAACUACUUCUGUUUUUGUGCCAUGCUUAAAUGAAAAUACAUGUGGAAUAUCGCUACAAAUCAUCAUUCCCGUGUUAAUUUUUAAGACCGAUACUAAUUUGCACCGAAAUUUGGUGGACACUUUUGGAAAUAAAUCACUUGAACAUGACCACGCAUCAUCAUCAACCAGAUAAUUUGCUGUGUCCCUCUGGCGUUCACGGAUGCCACCAAUAACAUGUAUCAAGACUUUUCUGAAAUUCUUACUAACUGCCUGUCAACUUAUGUUUGAUAACAGUGAUAGUGCCUAGUACGGACAGGUUCCAUGAUGUCGUUAACUGUACCUCUCCACGUUUAAAGAUCUGCAGUAGCGCACCUGGAGAUCUCUAUCUGUGCCCUCCAGCAGCGACGGAAACCCAGUACUGAAGGUCCGAGAACCACUUAUUGUCUUGAGCGGCUGUGUCGGGCCGGAUUUUGGAGUAAUCACCACUUCUCCCGCCUCCAGGUGGGAAGUACACUAAAUUCAUGGGACCGGCGACGAAGAACUUGUCCAAACUACCUCAGUUGUCCUUCCUUGCCGAGGGUUUGACAGUUCGACCGUCGUACCCGGCGAUGUCCAUCGUGUGCUUCACAGCAAGAUGAAGCAGGUACGGCGACUUGCGCAGCAUCUAUCGCACUCCCUCCUCAUCCCCACCUGGGCCCGACGUCAAGACAUGGUCAAGAAGACCGGAGGUGAAGGAGGGCGAAGGUGGCUGGCAAGGCCAGACCCACACCUAGGUGUGCCACCACAUCCCCUGGUCCACACAGCAAACACUUGACCAGGAUUUUAACCAACAACAACAUCACCACAAACGGCUCAGAAAGAUGGCGAGGGUGACCGGGCGGUCAUGCUGUAUACCCAGCGGGAGCACAAACGCAUCUACGGGCAGGAGCCAGGUGCCAGAGAACUGCCGACGCAAAGCAGGCUGCGAGGACCAUGGUUUGCUGAUCAUGGCAUGGCAGAUGCCAGUUUGACCGUCGAUUCCGAUGAUGUCCAUUGUGUGCUACACAGCUAGGUGCAGCUACUUGCAGCAGGUGCGGUGGCCUGCUCGUGAAUUGCUUUACAGUGAUAGUAGACUUGCAUAGUACCUACCGCACUCUCUCUCUUCCUCACACCCCACAUGAACCCGGUGUCAAGACAGAAUGAAGAAGACCGAAGGCUCGGAAGGGCUCAGGUGACUGAAACGGUCGAACCAGCACCUGAGCGUGCCAGCCAACCCCUGGUCCACAGCAUACACUUGACCAGGAUUUUUCACCGACAAAAACACCCCAACAGGGGGUCUGAAGGACGAGGAUGACUAGGUAGCCAUGCCCACAUUUUGUAUACCUAGCGGGAGCACAAACGCAUCUACCGACAGGGAGUCAGGUGCCAGUGCACAUCAGUCUUCGAGGGCCAUACUCAACGCUCUCUUGGUCAGGAAAAUCAAUUUGCCUAAUUUCUCCGUUAAAUGGUCGUAGGAAUAAAAUUCGUUGCAAAGUCACCUGUUGAGAGGCUGGCCAUGGCCUAAAAAACUGGGACAUUGUUUGCAAAUGAACUUGCUAUGUUCCGUGCAUAAGCUGGACUUUUUAAACAACGAAGCCUUGUUUUCUUUGUGUCAGUGGUGAAAGUGGUUGAGUCGCAAAAACCCGUAAAAUGUCAGUAAAUGUUUUGCUUUGUCCAGUGUCCUCCACUGGUCGCCUAAACAAGCAAUUUCCCGCACUUUAUUUUCAUCAGGGCUGUCGACCUUCGAAAACUCCUGCCUUUGUAGUGUGCCACCGCAGACGGCGGUUUGGGUCGCAUUUGUAUGCCGACGUAAAAAUCACAAACCUAAGUCAAAGUGACUUCGAUGACAAGGGCCGCACUGGCAGUUUUCUCGAUGUAACUGGUUUUCGCUUUAAAGAUUGCCCUGGUACGGUGUUUCGUAGAUAAAUGCCCACGCCUUCAUGCAUUCUCAAAAUAGGCUCAGAAAUAAAAGUGGAUAAGAAAGAACAUCGAAAGUAACAUGAGUACUUUUGUUUAACAGACGAAGAACAAACGUUGUUCCGUUCUCUUUUUUACCGUUUCCAUUGUCUUUACUUAAUUCAAGACCUUUGUCUAUUCUUUCAAUAUUACUGCAGAGCUGUUCAGUACAAAUGAGGAUAGUUUUCAGAUUGGUAACACGGCUCGCUCAUUUUUUAAGUUUCGUACUGGCGGCAAAAUAAGAUAACCUGUUUUCAUUAUUACCGUGUUUUAAGACAACAUGCUCCAUAAAUUUACAGACAGUACCUUUGAAGCCGAAAGGGACAUUUGGCGUCAACCAAUUUGCACUGACUAAAAAUCGAUUUCCCAGUCCGCGAAAAUAUUUCACCCAAACUUCUGGUCUCUCCCAGAGGAAUGCCCAUAAGCACGCAGGUGCGGUUUGCGUUAGUUGGUUGCACUGCACAUCGUGUGGAUAUAAAGAAGUAACGUUUUUCACCCUAACUGUCGUGAAAAAGUACAUCUAGCUGUAAAAUAGGACGUGUUACCCAACGCUUUAUGUAGUGCAUAAAAUGUGUAACUUCCAAGAAACCUCCCACUGACUAUCUGAGUUUCAACCACCGCGUUUCAUCUAUUUAACCACUUGCCGUAUAACCUUCAACAUGAGCCAGGUUUUGAACAGUGUGACCGACGGCAAGGCCUCGCAGAAAGGAUAACUAUUUUUUUAACCUCAGGUCAAGUUAUCAUUGCCCGAUUAAGCCUUACAAACUGUCUUCUGGCGCCGGGGAUCGCACUGGACAUGGUGGUGACAUUUCAACUUCCGCGCAUACCGGUAGGAAAAAGAGAACAGCACAGUUCUCUACCGCCUUUGAUUAUUACUACCGUCAGGACCUCUAUCAAGCCUUUGUUUUUGGAUAAUCUGUGAUUCGAAUUAUUCAGUCAAGUAACCACCUCCCAAGUCAGCCCUUGCUCUAGCAUCCACCAUAUAUACUACCUACAUCGGGCAUGCUUUCACAACCCUAUCUCCUAGUUGACGUUCCGCUUCGUUUAUUUUGCGUUUUCAGCGACGGAGGUCGCGUCCGCACACUUCCUCUGCACACACUCGGAGUUCCGAUGGCGGCCGUGGUGGUCGUGGAGAACAGUAA